AUGGCUGUCAGCAUUAAAGACACCGUUGUCUCGGAGAAAGACGGACCUGUCCAUCUCGAGGACGUGAAAACUGCCGAGAGCGCUGGUAGCCACGAGCGUCGUAUGCUGAACGAAGAGGAUACUCGAAAGGUUGCGUUGAGAGCAAAGCGGAAGGUUGACUGGCGGCUUGUCCCAGUCCUUGGUGCUUCGACUGCUAAUCGCGACAGGUCACAGAUCUCUGCCGCCCGAAUCGCCGGCCUCGACGUUGAGCUCGGCAUCAACCAGGGAAAUCGAUAUUCCGUCGUAGUCCUUGUUUUCUUCAUUACAUAUUUCUUGUUUGAAGUACCUAGCAACAUCGUGCUUCGCAAGGUUGGCGCCAGCAAUUGGCUGUCCUUCUUAUGUUUCUCAUGGGGUGUGGUGAUCCUCGGUGCUGGCUUCUCGCGCCAUUGGACUGAUGUGGUUGUUUGCCGCCUCUUGCUUGGUUUGUUCGAGGCUGGCUUCUUCCCGGGUUCGGUAUAUCUGAUCAGUUGUUGGUACACCCGCUACGAAAUUCAGAAGAGACUUGCUGUAUUCUACUCGAUCAAUAUUCUCGCCGUUGGCUUUGGCAGUAUCCUCGCUUAUGGUAUCAUGCAACUCAAUGGCAAAGGCGGCUACCUUGCUUGGAGGUGGAUUUUUAUCAUCAACGGCCUGAUGACCAUUUUCCUCGCCAUUGUUGCCAAGAUUGGUAUCAUCGACUUCCCCGACAAGAUUCACCUCUCAAGACGGCCAUAUCUCACCCCGGCGGAGGUGCAGGCCAUCCAAGACAAGCUUGAGAGGGACCGCCAAGACGCUGAGUAUGACCCAUUGACAAUGGCUAAGGCAAUGGACGCGCUGGGUCGAUGGCAGCUCUGGCUCUACUCUAUACAGUUUAUGUGCAUCACCUCCAUUGUCUACUGCCUCGCCUUCUUCAUACCCAUCAUCAUCGCGGGCAUGGGAUACGACACGGGCACCACAUUCCUUAUGUCCGCUCCUCCGGCCGUUGCUGCCGUGCCGUGGGUCAUGUUCGUCUCGUGGGCAGCGGACCGGUACAAGUGCCGCGCCCCCUGGAUCGUAGCGCAGGCUCUUGCCUGCGUCAUCGGCAUCCUCAUCGUCGGCUACGUGAGGCAGAGCAACAUUCGCUUCUUUGGCCUCAUGAUGGCCACGGGGGCGGCGAACGGCAACAUCCCGACUGCGAUUGCGUGGCAGGCUAACAAUAUCCGCGGGCAGAGUUUGCGGAUGGUUGCGUCAGGUCUCCAGGUUGGCUUUGGCGCAAUAGGCGGCAUCUACGCGAGCACUGUCAUGAUGGAGCGAGAAGCGCCACUGUAUAGGACUGGCUUGUGGGCAGUCUGUGGCACACAAUUUUUCCUCGUCUUGUCCACAGUCUUCUUGUGCGUCUUUUGCUGGCACAAGAACAAGAAGGCAGACAAAGGCGACGUUGUGAUUGAGGAGAUGGAUGGUUUCAGAUACACUUACUGAAAGUCUUUUGUGGUUCCCGGUUCAUUCUGAAGUAAUGAAUAUGGUCGCGGGUAGUGAGUGCGUUGACAUGGUCGAUGAAUUUGGACUCUCACUUGGCUGCUGCUCUGUUACACAUGUGAUCGGAGCUCUAGUUCGAUAGUCUCGAGGUGGUCGGAAGGGCCCGAGGGCGUAGGGAUAAUGGGGCAGCAUGCUAGUAUUCAGACUCCUAUAAGUCCUGUUUUAACAGUGCCCGUGUAGCAUUGCACCGAAUCCCAGCUUCGCCGUGCCAAACCUACAAUCAAGCGAUAUCUUGCUGCAGCUCAAUUCCAAGCAGCCAGACCCUCGAAGCUCAUCUCGGAUAUUUGAUUGGGUGGCGGAACAUUUCACCCUUCCCGCAUCGAGACAAAUUACCGUUCUAGGUCAGGACCAGACGUCAGCCCCUGGGCGGUUUGCUCAG